AUGAAUUCUCCAAACAAAAGAACAGUUCAUGCUACAAUUAUAAGAAAAGCACGGCUACAGUGGAAUGCACGAGAAAAAAUUGCCAUUAUUUUAUAUUAUAAAAGUGGUCAUAGCAAUAAUCAAACAGCGGCUAAAUUUAAUAUUGAGAUAAAGCAACUUCGAAACUAG